UGAGCCACAGCAUCCCUAAAGAAUGAUUUAGAAAAAGUAAAAAGUACAGUGCCAAAUUCCUCCCCUAAACAAAUAAUCAAAUAACAAACAGGAGGAAAAUGAAAUGAUUAAAGCCUUAAGUGAAGUAAAAAUGUACAAUGUUGAAUAUCAACAUAGCCAAACAUGGUAAAGUAAGGAUGACUCAUGUCAAGAGCCCAGUGAUAUGCAGACCUUAGUUUGUGUGUUUUUUCUUCCAUCCUUCACAUAAGCCUAUUUAAAAAUGGAAACUUAAGAUGAAAAUAAUGCAAAACAGUGUGUCAAGAGGUGAAGCAAUGUUAUUUUAUUCAUUAUUUUGCAUAUGACCGCACUAUGGAAACCUAAACUGAUCAUAUCACAGUCAUAUACACAGCAAUGAGUCAUGACUUCCCUAAUUUAGAAAACAUUUUAUUGAUUGGUUUUGUUGGAACAAUGGCAAUUAAUCACCCUUUGGAUCUAUUGCAGAUUGUCCAAUGAUACGUUUUUCUUGAUUUAUCUUCUACUUAUCCUGAUAACAAUAACAUAACCUUAAAAUAACCAAUAGGAAAUAUAUUUCUUCAUUCUGGACAAAAAGGGAUAGGUCUCCCUAGAAAAAUCUCCUAAAUGCCUUAAAUCCACAGAAUUAGCUCUCCUUGCUACUAUCGAGACCGGAGAACUGUCACAAACACCUGGCUCACACAUAUAUAGGUGUUCCAAUGAAUUACCUUUCCAUCAUGUCAUAUCAGGAAGACAUUUCUGGAAUCAUCUGUCAGACAGGCGAGAUCUUAUUGUCAUAUGUGCAUUGUGUUCUUCUGCUAUAAGACUGGAUUGAAGACAGAAGGUUUUUAGGACCCAGGAGGGAUGAUUGCUGCCGUGUGGAGAAGCACACACACACUCAUCCAAUCCAAAAAUGCAUAGCCCCGUGGAGGCAGAGCUUGCUCAUUCACAGUUCUUUAGAGAAAUCUUCUGUUGAGGCUGCAAAGAGCGAAAGCUGUCUUACACUCAUCCCUAUCGAUGAGCCAAGAACCACAUCCAGGGUGGAGCUUUCCGGCACUCUAAAGAGAAUGCAAAUUUGUACCUUGGAUGGGUAUCUGGGGAUAUGAAGGGAAAUACCUGUGAAUUUUUUUCCCCACUCAAUAUAAUGCAAGAGAUAAAUGCACUUGAAUGGAUCACCACAUACACUUAGUUGAAUGGGGCCAUUGCAUAUUCUGACCCUAUUUCUAAAGCUAAGGAUUUGGAAAAGCAACUUUUGAAGACAUGACCCAUUUGCAUACUGGACUCAGUCCAGAAAUCAUAGAGAAAGCCCGCCUGGAACUUAAUGAAAACCCAGAUGUUUUGCACCAGGAUAUUCAGCAAGUAAGGGACAUGAUCAUCACAAGACCUGACAUUGGAUUCUUGCGCACAGAUGAUGCCUUCAUCCUGAGAUUUCUUCGAGCCAGAAAAUUUCAUCAAACAGAUGCCUUCAGAUUAUUGGCUCAGUAUUUCCAAUAUCGGCAGCUGAAUCUGGAUAUGUUUAAAAAUUUCAAGGCUGAUGAUCCAGGGAUCAAACGAGCUCUGAUUGAUGGAUUCCCAGGAGUGCUAGAAAACCGCGAUCACUAUGGCAGAAAGAUACUUUUGCUCUUUGCAGCCAGUUGGGAUCAGAGUAGAAAUUCCUUCGUAGAUAUUUUACGGGCUAUUCUCUUGUCCUUGGAAGUUCUGAUUGAAGAUCAAGAGCUUCAGAUAAACGGCUUUGUUCUAAUUAUAGACUGGAGUAAUUUUUCUUUCAAGCAAGCCUCCAAAUUGACCCCUUCCAUCCUCAGACUGGCCAUUGAAGGGUUACAGGACAGCUUUCCUGCUCGCUUUGGAGGCAUCCAUUUUGUGAACCAGCCGUGGUACAUCCAUGCUCUCUAUACUCUAAUCAAGCCCUUCCUCAAAGACAAGACACGGAAAAGGAUCUUUCUUCACGGAAACAAUCUUAACAGCCUUCACCAGCUCAUACACCCUGAUUGCUUACCUUCAGAGUUUGGAGGGACUCUUCCUCCCUAUGAUAUGGGCACAUGGGCUCGGACGUUACUUGGACCGGAUUACAGCGAUGAGAAUGAUUACACUCACACAUCUUACAACGCCAUGCAUGUGAAGCAUUCGUGUUCCAACCUAGAGAGGGAAUGCUCUCCAAAACUCAUGAAAAGGUCUCAAUCUGUGGUGGAACACGGCAUAUUAAAGCACGAAGAACAGAAUGUGAAUGAGAACACCCAGCCACUACUAGCUCUAGACUGAGAUUGAAAGCCCUGUGAAAUGCAGCUGUAUCUUCAGACUUCAGUGGUCCACAAUCCUUCUGAAGCGAAUGACAAGUUUAAUACACAUUAAUGUGCAUUCAGCUUAAAAAAUCCCCAAGCACUCCAUCUUUGUGGAGCAAGUAAUGAUUAUCACCAGCCAUGUGUCUGUGUCCAAAGCCAGAGGUAAACUAUUCCUUGUGGCCCAGAAUAACAAGUAAACAAGUCUGAUUGUAAAACAAUUUUUUUAUAAGAGUGCAUUAUAUUAAUAAUGUCUGGAACACAGAUUGCUUUCAGUGAUCUGUCACUGAAAGAUGAAUCCAUUGAAGUCCUCUCGUAUUGUUUAGGCAGAUAUUUACAGUUUUGUUUAAAUAAAAAUUAGAAGGCGUGCAUGCCUGUGCAUAUACACAUACAUAUGUAUUUACACCACCACUUUAAAAAUGACUUAAGUAUUGCAGUAAGAAGCCAAGCUUGGUUUGCAGCACAGAAGUAUCACGUCCAAAGUUUUUCCUAAUUAAUCUCCCAUUAUCACCAGCAGCAUGGUAUCGAUCAUAUUUACUAGGGAUAGUAGAAAUUGUAAUCUAACCUUUUUGGAGGGCACCCAGCUGGGAAAGUUGGCAUGUGUGAAAUACAUGCAAACACAAGCAGGGUGUCUUGAAUGUCUUGGGAGAUUAAUAUUCCAAUUGAGGAUUUCUCGUUUAGGUCAAUUGAGCUCAGCAGAAUUCCCUUAAGUAUAUUUUCUCCUGCAAUCAGUUAAAGAUCUAGCCAAGUCAGGUUUACUGACUGCAUAUUUGGUUAUGUUUAUAAUAGAAAGAAAAAGCUUGGGAUCAGUUAUUGAAUAUACUACCAUUAGAAAGAAAAGUGGAAUAAAUCAUAAAAUAUCCAGAGAUCAAAAGCCAAAGAACAGAUUGCUAUGCUAGACUUUGUUCUGUUUUGGGCUCCAUUCAAUUCCUAUAAAGAAAUAAAAACAAACACUUUUUUUUAAACAAAUCAGUUAUAUCAACAUUAUUUUUAUUGUCAUUUUAUUUCUUCAGAUACAGUAAGCACUUCAGUUGGAUAUCAAAAUAUGACAUAGCAGUAUUUAGCAAUUUUUAAUCAGAGAAUAUUUAAACCAUAUUCUAAAGAGGUUUAAUCACCAUUGACCAAGGAUGGCUAUGCAACUCCUAGGUGGUGGUCUGAAGCAGUGAUGUUUUUCAGCAGUGGCCAUAAAUGAUGAAUCAAAUCAUAUGUUGCUAUCAAACAUCUUUAGUGGAGACUUGAUUUUUCAGGAAUUGUCUAAUCUACAGUGCUAAAAUAUUGCUUGUACAUUUUUCUACAGAGAUAAUAUACUUUAAUUAACAUUGCUAUUGUCCAAGAGCUGAGUAUGACUUUCUUUCUUCUAUGAAACCAGUAAUGCUCCAUCAGUCCUUUCUUCUAAGUGAAAUACAGGGUCUCCAUUCAUAAAGGAAGCUUACUCUGGACCACUGGGUCUGGGUCAAAAAUCAACGUUUUUUGGUUGUUGUUUUUUUUGCCAUGGAACCAACAAUGAAAACUGUUAAUCAUAACCAAGCAAGUGAGUUUUUAAUCAAUGUAUGAUUUAGGGAAAAUGUGCUGCACUUAUGUUUCAGGAGGAUGUCAUACCCUCCAAAAACAAUGACCAAAUGCAUUGUAAAUUUUGAAAACAGGCUUCAACAAGCAUUAAAAACCUAUCUAAAGACAUGUGUAAUUUAUUUUCACAAUGAAAGAAUGUUUGGCACUUGUUCUUUUUUCACUCACUACUCACCACUUUCACAUAUGUUUCUUGCUUUCAGUGGGUUUUACACACUAAUUGAUUACAUCCACUGAUUUCAGCUGCCUCUCAGAUUCUUCCAUGCCACAUGGGUUAGGGUUAUUGCUAUUGAUCAAUGUUUGGCAGUUAGCUCUGUAAAUUUAGGUACCAACUCAAUAAUCCCAAGAAGGAUAUUGUACCAAUCAAUUAUGCCUGCGGUGGACAAAAAUGGUUGGGCAUGAGAUUUUAACGUUUAUGGUGGCCAAAACAAAGAAAAAAAAGUCAGACAUCUUAUUGGUGUGCUAUACAUAAAAUCCACAGACAUUCAAGGUAGCAAUUUCAACUCAGAUAAUAAAUCCUGAAAUUGUGAAGUAAAUAAGCUUGUGUGAAGAUUAUAAUAUACUUUGAAAAUAUCACAGGAAUAUCUUUCCUGAAGAAUCUUAGUAUUACUAAGGUUGAAGAUGAAUAUGUUUUAAGUCUGCAGUUGUACAGUGCAUCACUUUUUUUAAUAUGCUUCUUACAGUAACAUAGAGGAGUAUAAUAACUUUUAAAAUAAAAAAGUCAAAACCGAAACAUGUAUACCCUGUGCAAUAUACUUUUCAGUUAAGGGUUGCUAGCAGCAGUAGUUCAAGGAAACUGUGCUUCAUUACUUUGAGUCAAAACUCAGAUUUGAUACUGAAACAGAAUGUGGUGCAUGUGUUAGGAUAGUAAAAUUAUUUGGAAAUAAUGCUUUGGACUUUACCAAAGCAUGAACCUUGAGCCUUUGCAUAUUUAUUAAUGCAUCUGUUUUUGAAUUUUCUGCACCAGAAUUAAAAAUGGCGCAGUUACUGCUAUAAGGCAUUAGUUCAUGGGGAAUCCUGAAAAUAAAAAGAUGCUUUUAAUCCAUUAAUACUAUAGAGAUGAUGGCCUUGUUCCUCAUAAGGUCCAGAGCUUCUCUUUAAAGGAUGUACAGCUCUAGGGCCUGUCUCUCUCUGCGCAUCUGUACACCCAUGCACAUACACCAGCAGCCAUACACUAGUUUUGAAAGCUCUUGAAUUUAAGGCACAGAAUGCCAUACCACAAGCAUUCUUAAAUUUUGAAAUAUCAUCCUAAAAUGAUAAUGAAUGUGUAUGAGAACCCCUCUUCCCAGGAAUUAAAUUAAUAAUUUUAUUUUGAUUAGGGUUGUACAUGAAAUAAAUAUGGAGUCUUGGUAUUCUCUGAGUUUGAUUGUUUGCUGACAGAUGAACCCUACUGAUGAUGUUAUUUAGUUGGGUAAGGAAACAUCUACAAACGAACCAAGUCCGAAGAAUGCCAAGAACUCCACAAUUCUAUCAUAAGCUAUAGAUAUUCUUUUCUAUAAAAUACUCUUUGUAAUUAUUGAAUUACAAAUUAUAUAUCAAAAAGCAAUGAUAGAAUCUUGCAACUUUACUACAUAAAAUAUUUUAUUUGAAAUAAAAAAAAUUAAAUGGGAGUCUAUCAUUUUUAAUGGGAAGGACACAUAAAUUUGCUUGAUUUUGCAUAAUCUCUGAAACCAGUCCUGCAUAUUCAUUAGAGGCACCUUCCACACCAUCUAUCAUUUAUUUUUGGCCCAUAUUUGUUUUUUAUAGCAACAAUAGAAUCAUACUAAAAGGGUGCUCCAAACUUUAAUCAGCAGACUGGGUAUAGUUAGCUAUUUGCUUUCUAUAUUUACCUUCCCCAAAAUCCAUUAUGGAAGACUAGUCAUUUAAAAUAUUUUUUUUUAAAACUGAAAUUCUAUAACUUGCAUAUUUUACAGAAAUUCCAAAGAAACAGGUACACUAUUGAUGGGUUGCUACCAGACUAGCAAGUUGCAAAAGAUAUACUAUUUAUUUGGCAGAGAUGCCGAAUAAAGACUCAAUAAUAUUUCUGAGAGACGCCAAACAACAUAGUUUUCUA